GUCUCUUUGUGUAUUUAGGUCCAUGUGACUUACACUAGUCACAACAUUGCGGGCACAGCUGAGCAUGGUCCACUGCUGAGUUAAGCUGUGGUGCACACACUGCAGAGAGGAGAGCAAGAGUGCUUUAACUGAUCCUGUCUUCACACUUGUUUUGCACAAGACUGGCCUCCAAACAUGUCUGCAGAAGUGGAAACCAGCACACCCCCGGUCGAGCAGGCACCUUUUAAGACACCCUCCAAAAAAGAAAAGAAGAAAGCUGCAGCAAGCCCAGAGAAAACAGAUGAGUUCCUCUUAGCCAGGUUCAAAGGUAAUGGAGUUCGCUACAAAGCCAAGUUGAUUGGUGUAGAUGAUGUGCCUGAAGCAAGAGGAGACAAAAUGAGCCAAGACUCCAUGAUAAAACUAAAGGGCAAGGCGGUGGCAGCUCGCUCUCAGGGCAAACACAAGCAGAGAGUCUGGGUGAACAUUUCUCUCUCAGGAAUCACUGUUACUGAUGAGAAAACAGGGGCAGCAAUACUGGAGCAUGCGGUAAAUAAGAUCUCCUUCAUCGCUCGGGAUGUCACUGACAGCAGAGCGUUUGGCUAUGUGUGCGGUGCGGAGGGCCAGCACCAGUUCUUUGCAAUUAAAACUGCACAGCAGGCAGAGCCUCUUGUCAUUGACCUGAAGGAUCUUUUCCAGUUAAUCUUCAGUAUGAAGAAAAAAGAAGUUGAGGGCUCAAAGAAGAAUGGCAGUGAAGGCUCACACGAUGACAGAAAAGGAGUUGAACAGCUGGACUUGUUUGGAGACAUGUCGACCCCACCUGACUUAAACUCUCCCUCGGAGUCUGAGGACAUCCUAUUGAUGGAUCUAUCCACUGAGAUAGACAGCAAUCAGAACUGCGUUAAAGGAAACCCCUUCACCUCAUCUUCUGUCCCCAGAGCCCCGUCCAGCCUCUCGCCUGAGAACCCCUUCUCUUCUCAACUCAACUUUUUCCCCACCCCUAUCCAUGACCCAUUCAGUGAUGACCCAUUUUCCAAAAGCGACGACCAAUCAAUCAGGGACGAUUCUGCCCUAGCCAACCACAGCCCUAAUAACUUGUUCAAUGGUGGCCCUAAGAAUGGUGACUCUGACUACUUAGGCCAGCAGUUUGACCAGCUCUCCAACAGGACAGUCAUCCAUGCACUCAGUAAUGGCCACUGGCCUUUAGAUGGCAGAGCUGCGGAAGCCACUAGCUGGACUCAGAAUACUGUCACAGUUCAAGAGCAGAACGGACAUGGGAAAGUGAUUCCUAAUCCGUUUGUGGGAGGUUCGGAGAAGAUGCAGCCAGUGCAGAAUGGAGUGAAUCAUGAGAAUGGAGGCAUAGAGCCACCUGUCAAUCAAACCAAGGAUUCAGUCAUUAUAAGUCCUCCACCACUCAACAUGAAAGCCGGGAGGGGCAGGAGGAGUGUAAAGUCCCCUUCCAAUGAAAAACUCGGGACGGAUCCAUUUGUUUCACCAAGCCAAUCAGAAUCACCACCUCCUCAACCUGAGAACUGCCCUGUCAACUCUGUCAGUCUGUUCAGCCGGAGCCCUUCCUCCACUGACACAAUCCCAGCUCUUGAAGGGUUGUCUCUACAAGCUCCACCUGCAGUCUCCACUCCUAGAGCAGCUCUGUGGAAUCAGCCGCUCUCCUCCAUCUUCCCCAGCACCACCAGUGUCUCUCAGCCCUUCACUCAAGCACCUGUCUUCUCCACUUCUCCUGCUCCUGCCUGGGGAAACAUUCCUGGAAGUUUGGGAACUUCAAACCCUACCCAACAGCUUCCAUCAUGGACCACCACCCCAGUCUCCAAUGGAAACAAUGGAUCCUGGAGCCCUCAUUCAACCUUGGGGAACCCCUUCCAGACCAGCGUAUUUCCACCCAGCCUUGUGCCCGAUAGACAGCAGAGCUCCAGUCCCCCUCCACUGGUUCCACCUCGGGCAGUAGCUACCAAAGAAGCUCCAAAGGUGGACAGUAAUGCUUUUGUUGACCUGGAUCCUCUAGGAGAAAAGGAGAAGAGAGAUAUAAAGGACAUGUUUAAGGAUUUCCAGAUGGCUAAGCCACCAAGUGUGCCAGCAAGGAAAGAGCCACUGAAGAUUGGAGUUCAGAACCCAUUCAACAACUCCUUUGGAAAAAAUCUGUUUGGCACAUCUGUAUCUGCAACUAGUGCUCCUCCCAUAAAGACAGUGGGCUUAGAUCCUUUCAGAGACCCAUUUGGAAACUCAUUUGCAUGAUAGCUGUCCACCUUGAUGACUCCAUAGGUUCCAAGUCAAACAAAAAUCACAGAACAAGAAAUUAUGCAAAAAACAAUUCCAUCCCAGGUGUUUCAGCUUUAUAAUGUUGUGGUUGAGCUAAUGGAUACACGACCACAACCGCUUUUCACAGAGCACCAUUUUUAUGUAUCUUUCCCACUAAAGUGCAUCCUGUUCAAGAGCAGGUCUCUUAGCUUUGAUGUCACAGCCAAAUGAAGUGUGUGCAACCCUCCUAGUUUUAUAAACCAUGAUCAUGGACAGGCUAAAAAUAAACCCAUCAUCCAGUGCUGGUCUGCUGUUAAAACCAAACAAACAUGAAUUUGAGUGCAUUGUGUCUCUAAAUGACAACAUGAUGAGGGUGGGUUUUUUUCUGUACUAAAAGCACUCAAAAGCAAUUUUGUCAUUUUCGCACCAGUAGACAAGUUAUUGCUGUCUUGUCUGAUGACUUUUUCUUCAUUACAGUAUUAUUUUGACAUUAUAUGUUUACUUUUCCACAUUUAUGAAAAGCUUUAGGGCAUGACUGGUCACUAAUUUUGAGAAACAUUUUUAUGAACUGGCAUAUAAACUGAAUAAGAUUACAGAUUU